CAACCAACCGCCACCAGACACCCGCUCUUUUCGUCCACCUUACGUCUUCUCCCGCACACAUCCCACACACACGCAUACGGAAACUCAUUCACACGCCAACACUCUCAGACGUACGCACACCCAACCUCUCCUACUCCUCUUACUCCUCCAUCACAUCCUGUCCCAAUUUACCGAGACCUGGACCAGACACCGAACAUCCAUGACUCCAUACGGAUACUG